CAUUUUAUUUUUAUAUUUUGUUUUAGAAAACAUUUUAUUAUAAGUUAAUAUGAAUUCUCAAUGGAAGGAAGAAAAAUACAGUCACUAUGAAGCUCUUUUAGCUAGAGUCCAGCAAAAGAGUUUAUGUUUCACAUAUGGAUUUUUGUUGUUAAUUUUUCUAUUAUGUUUUGUAAAUUUAAUAAUUUUGAUCAUUAUAUACUCAGUUCUGCAAAUCCAGUUUUCUGGUAUGUCAUCUAUGUCAUUUUUUAAAGAGAAUGGUGAAAUAAAAUGGAUGAUUGAUGCUGAUUUUGAGACAAUAUCUCUUUCUUCAUCAAUUGAUGGUUUUUCUGAUCAAGAUAUUAUUUUUCAAGGAACCAACCAAAAUGUUGAAUUUGCUGCAGAAGAUUUCUUUAGAUCCUCAAUGAAAGUUACAAACAAAGGUACUUUUUUGAAAACACAAAAUUUCAAAUUUGUUGACCCUGAUUCUGAAAAAAAAGUUUUGGAUUUAAAUGGUAAAUCUAAAUAUUCUAUCAUUGGUGAGUUUAAUGCGAAAUCCAUUGAAACAGACAUUAUUAGAACUCCUAGGAUUGUUUCGGAUGAUAAAUACGAUUUGUCAUUUAUAAAUUCGGGCGGAAACAUAUCAUUGACUGGAAACGAAGGAAUUUAUGGUGACUCAAAGACACUCUAUGCGAACUCAACCGGUGAUGUCAUUUUCAACAUUAAGGAUAACAACUUUGAUUUGAUCUUUAAUGGUUUACUUGGCGGAAUUCGUUUAAAUCCUGCACGAAUACCGAGAGUAAGAAUGAACGAUGCUUCAAUCAGUAAUGUUGUAAAAUAUAGGCUCUGCUUAUGCAUAAAAACCAACCAAUUAUUUCGUAUUGAAAUGAAAUCAGAUAAAUUAACUUGUGCAAUAGCGAACGAAAAUCCAUGUUUAUAACAAUUUUUUUUUUAAUAUUUUUAGAGUUUAAAAAAAAAGGUCGAUAAUAAUUUUUUUUUUAAAUUUUAAAUAUUUUUAUAUAAAUGUAAAUAGUGCAUAGGAUUUUUAUUGCUGUUUAUAACAUUAAAAACAAUAAAAUGAAGCGUGUUUUAUUUUAAAUGAAAGUGUGAACAGGGUAUAAUUGUGUAUAGGAGUUGUUGUGAAUAAAUUUAAACAAAUUAUUGUAGA